GUGUUUUGGUUUUGCAAUUCCUUUCGUUCCGACAUACUUCCAGUGCUCCUGUUGCUCUGCUUCCAAUCUCUUCCCAAGCUUCUCUUUCUUCCCGUAGGUCACAGAUCUCAUUCUCUUCAUUCCAAAACCCUUACCCCAUACCCUCGAUUGCCAUUUUCUUUUCUCGUUUUCAAAUUCAAUCCGCUUUCUCUGAAAACCUCCCCGUUUUAUUGCCUUUACAACUCUGUUUCGAUCUGUUCGAUCAAAUCUUCCAGAUUUCAAUUCCAUUUUCGAACAGAGGCAAGAAAACAUAAUUUCGUGACGCAUAUAUUUAUAUAUAUACUGCCUGCAGGCCAUAACCCAGAGCGCUACCUGGUGUAUGGGUUCUAGGGUUUUGGUUUCGUUGACUUUUGAACGCGGAAUCUGAGUUUUUGAGUCGUGCCUUUCAGACGUGCUUUCUGCUUCGAUCUUCCAAUUCUGAAUUACUGCGAUCUACGCAAACGCUACUCUGAGCGUGGCUAUUUUACUCCUUGUAGAUGCAUUGUCUUUCGGACGACAACUUCUAGGAUUCCAGCUUCAAGCUUCAAGGUGAAAGUCCCCGUUCCUGGUGACGUAUCUUUGAAUUCCGAGGGGUUUCCUUUCGUUUUUCGAGCGAUUGGACAAGCGGAUUCUCCAUGGAUAAUGACAAAUCCUCAAGUUACGGUGGAGGUCUUCCACCUUCGGGACGUUAUUCAGGCUUCUCGCCUCCGGGAAGCUCCUUCAAUGUGAAACCAGAAGCAUCCUCCUCCUCCUCCUCUUUUCCUCCACUGGUACCGGGUACCAGCUCGGACUCUAGUUGCUUUAGUCAUGAUAUUAGCAGAAUGCCUGAUAAUCCUCCUAGAAACAGGGGUCAUAGACGGGCCCAUUCUGAGAUUCUCACCCUGCCAGAUGAUCUUAGCUUUGACAGUGACCUUGGUGUAGUUGGAGGUGCUGAUGGGCCCUCCUUUUCUGAUGAGACCGAAGAAGACUUACUAUCGAUGUACCUUGAUAUGGACAAAUUCAACUCUUCAUCCGCGACAUCAGCAUUUCAAGUGGGUGAGGCUGCAGCAUUAGCUCCGGCGCCAAAAUUAGAAACAUCAGGAAUCGCCACCUCUCCUGCGGAGAAUGCUGCUGUUGAUACUAAUGAAAGGCCCAGAGUUAGGCACCAACAUAGCCAGUCUAUGGAUGGGUCAACAACCAUUAAACCCGAGAUCCUAGUGUCAGGUUCUGAAGAAGUUUCUGCAGCUGAUUCCAAAAAAGCAAUGUCAGCUGCCAAGCUUGCGGAACUUGCCUUAGUUGACCCAAAGCGUGCAAAAAGGAUAUGGGCAAAUAGGCAGUCUGCUGCGAGGUCAAAAGAGAGGAAGAUGCGCUAUAUUGCUGAGCUUGAAAGGAAGGUGCAGACCCUUCAAACAGAAGCAACAUCUUUGUCUGCACAGUUGACUCUCCUGCAGAGAGAUACAAAUGGGCUGAAUGCAGAGAACAGUGAGCUGAAGCUGCGGCUGCAAACCAUGGAACAACAAGUUCACUUGCAAGAUGCUUUAAAUGAUGCGUUGAAAGAGGAAAUUCAGCAUUUGAAACUAGUAACGGGGCAGGCUAUGAUGAAUGGAGGACCUGUGAUGAACUUCGCUCCUUUUGGAGGAGGGCAGCAAUUUUAUCCUAACAAUCACGCCAUGCACACUCUCUUAGCAACGCAACAGUUUCAACAGCUCCAAAUUCAGUCUCAGAAGCAGCAGCAGCAGCAGCAGCAGCUGCAGCAACAUCAACUGCAUCAGCUUCAGCAGCAGCAACCGGGGGACUUGAAAAUGAGAACAACUACUCGUUCACCAAGCCCCAAAGAUCGAAAUCCACCUGCAGCCAAGGAUUGUUGAGGAAUUCCCAAUCACUCCUUAAAUUCCUAUUUGCCUCCUGCUUGGAGGCUGAUUAGGCUGUUAGCGAUGUUAUAUUGAUUUAUUCCUAGUAGCUCUGCAUGUGGUCUGUCUUAGAGUAUGAUAUUAAUGUGUUUGCGCUUUUACUGUGUAAGGUUGACUUCUGUCGUUUAAGACUACCUCGAGGUUCUUUCGCUUGCUUUGAUUUGAUGGUUCAUUUUA